CUGUUUACUCCCAUCACCUCCAUCUUUACUCAAUCCAUCCACUAUAACUCGAUUACAGGGGAUUCACUUAUUUGAAGACCUGAGUAAAAGCAGUGCAGUUUAUUUUUGGGUGAUCCAAGAAUAACAGGACUACAGCAGCGGUGCUUGAGCCUGCAGAGGGCUCUAAUUGGAGUAAGUUACCUCUGCCUUGUGGGACAGAGUUGUGUAGUAGAGCAGGCAGUCAGUCAGAGAAUUAGUAGGUCAGCUCAGUGUUGUCUCUGCACUCUGUGUCACUCAGCCGGACUUACACUAUUAUCUGCUGCAGCGAGAGGCUCCCUGCACAGCUCCAGCAUGUCUCUCAGGCUCCUGCCUGCUAUCAUCAUGGACAAUGAUGAGGACGAUGAUGGGAACUUCACUAAAUGGAUGAGCAGUUACUGGGGUCACGGUUCAGAGACCGGACACUCCAGAGAGAGAAAACGCAGCUUCAGAAGACCUGCAAAAACACAAGGUGACCGGAGAGCCUCACUGCCGACUGUGUCACAACUAGAUGCCAUGAAGUUGAACAGGCUCCAUGCAGCUGCUAUGGCCCCCACCCCGAGCCACAUAAAAAGCAAGGAGGAGAAGGGAGAGGUCCGGUCCCACCAGAGAGCACGGCGCGCCUCUUCAGACGACAACAGCAGAGGAAAGUCGGCUCUACAGGAGAUCCGCUUCGGCACCAUCCCCGAGCUCACUGAGUCCUUUGAGAAGAGACUUUUUCUACGAGAUAAGAGGACCACAUCUCUGAAUGAUGAAGACAAACUGUGUCUGAUCUGUCAUGAGGACAUAAGGAAGAGCGGAGGAGGCGUUCAGGAGCUUCACUGUACACACCGUUUCCACAAAGAGGGGGCGCACAGGUUAGAGCAGAGUCGGCCGUGCAGCAGCAGUGAAGCAGCGGCCUGUCAGGGUAGGAGACCCUCAGGUGAGAGGAGGAGGUCUGAAGAUGGACCCAUCACCAUGGAGAAGGAGCCAAACACACCACGCCGUCAGCUCUCCCUGAGGAGACAUCGCUGAAAUCAAUCUGAAGGGAGGAGGUGGAGAAAACUGAUGAUUAUUUUUAAAUGCUCCCCUGAACUUUUACUAAGUUAUGGUGUGAUGUAAAAGUGUAAGAUUCUCGAGGGUCCGACUGUGCCUGAUCUGAACCUGUGAAACGGAUCUGUGGGUCCGACCACUAUGUAAGCUUUGGAUGCAUUACAACUGUCUCUUCGAUGUAUCUGAUGGCCCAAUAUUCAAGCAUCCGCUACUCAUACGUCAUUAUUUUCAAGAAAAAUAAAUGUCCAAACAAACAGAAUUGUUGUUUGAACAUAUUGAGAGUACAGCUCUCUGAUGGGAGAUGGUUCCUUUUCUGUUAAUUGUUUUUUUUAAGGGUUUGUGUUUUAUUUAAGGAUGAGCGAGUUAUGUUGUGUAGAUAAACAUUAGCUUAAAAAUUCCAUUGCUUAGUGUGACACAAAGUUUGACAGUCUUGUCAAUGGCUGGUUUUCACCCUUUAAUUAAAAGGGGCAACAACAGUGUGCAGAAAAAAAAGUACUGCAUUAAACCUGCACUCUUUCUACUGACCUGCAGGGGGCAACACCACUGGUUGUAAAAAC